AUGUCUGCUCCAGAAACUGCUACCAAAUUCUCUUCUCCCUCUUUCGCCUCUGUUGGUGGACAACAAGUCGCUGGCCGCUCCUCCAGGCAGGCUGCUGCGCCCGCUAAGGAGGCCUUGAAGCUCCGUUUGGACCUGAACCUCGAGGUUGAGAUUGCCAUCCAAGCCAAGGUCAACGGUGACAUCACCUUGUCGCUCCUGUCUGUAGGGCCUCAUUCCAGCUUAGCAGUCGUGAAUCCAUUCUUGUCCAUAGCAUCCAUUUUUGUGAGACUGGGAAAGAUUCCGGGUCAAGCUAGUCCAACAGUGAGGAUGUACUGGGUCGUGGGUGCUGUGUCGAGCAUAGAAGUUGGUGGAAGAGUGACUGAUGAGUUUCAAAUGAUCGAUCACGACGACGACGACGACGACGACGGCGACGACUACCACGACCACGGCUAA